CUUUAACGUCUCAACAGAGAGGAAGGAAAUCAAAGUAGACACGACGCUGCACAUAUACUUGACUGUACUCCUGACCUUGCGAUAGCACACGGGCUUAAUCAUGAAACCAAGUCCUGACCCCGAAGAAGAGGAAGAGGGCCUUGGUCGCUCAAAGUUUAAUAUACAUUGCUUCCUGAAUGGAGGGAUGUCCACCUUCCUCCCCACCCUUGUUGCCUUCCCUGUCUACAAGACUGUUUUCCGUCAGCAAAUCAACAACCAGCCUUUUCCCGAGGCAGUGGGACAGCUCUUCAGAGAGGGACCUAGGAAGCUCUACAGGGGCGUGGGGCCACCAUUACUAAUGCAGACACUGAAGGGCACCCUGCUGUUCGGUCUUCAGGAAGCUAUCCUCCACCAUCUCCCGCUAUCAUCCCAAAGUGCCAUCUCCACCUAUGCCCUGCCUGCUCUGGCUGGGUUUGGUGCAGGUCUGGUGGAAGCUGUGGUGUUUACCCCCUUCGAGCGCGUGCAAAAUGUGUUGCAGGAUGGCCGGAACUACCGUGAUCUACCCACCCUGAAGAGUGUUCUUGUCAGGCUGAGGGGACAGAGGCUGACCCUUGGGUACUACAGAGCCUUCCUGCCCAUCGCUGCCCGCAAUGCUCUUGGCAGCUCCAUCUACUUUGGUCUGAAGGGGCCCGUAUGUGCUGCUGUGGCGGGAGAGUGGUGCCAUCCUAUGGUUUCCUCUUUUGUGUCUGGGGCGCUGACCUCCCUGGUGGGCAGCAUGGCAAUCUACCCGCUCUCUGUGCUGGUGGCAAACAUGCAGGCACAGCCGGGAGGAGAAGUGAAAGGGGUAAUGGCUUCGUGGAGGAUGCUGUGGAUGUCUCGGGAGCAGAGUGUGGCUCUGCUUUACCGAGGAGGCUCCCUUGUUAUUUUCAGAUCUUGCAUGAUAUGGGGAAUCACCACUGCUCUCUAUGACAGACAGAAGAAACUCUCGGGCUGAGAAGACGUGGAGGAACACCCUCUGAGAGAUAUCAAAUUGCCAGGUUAAACUAGUCUCUUUGAAUUGAUUUUCAAAUAUAAUAUUACUGUAGCAUUCUCCCUUGAAAAUAUCCCAAGACCUAAUUUUGUCCUUGUGCAAGUGCCUCAUCCAGUCAACAGGAGUCCAGCAAGCACACGGGUGGGAUCCAUCAUCUGUUUCAAACCAGCAAACACUGCUGAAUCCACAAGCCAAAGUUAACGCACCACUGCCAGGACCUGAGCCCCUGUCUCUGAGACAGUGGUUGAGGAUGUAUCGUUUGACAAAGUUGUUUGUGCAGUAUAGCAUAUGGUGCUAGGGAAACACAAUUGCCUUGUUUUUUUCAUUUUUCUUAAAGGGGAAAUUCAGCUAAAGCUCAUUGUCAGUGUAUGGCACCACAGCAUGUGAAAAUGUCCUCUGCAGCUUUUGAUGAGAAUUUAUGUCAUUUUUAAGCUUGAAGACAACUUUAUAACAGAAAGUCUGUUUAUACGAAAUGUGUAUUUUGUUGGUAGGUUAUUUGCAAUGCAUGGAGGGUCUAGGAAAUGUUGCAUUAUAGGGAAAAGUGAGAGCCAUCAUUUUUAGGACCAGUGUCUUAAACGGGGCCAAAGUCAGGAUAACUCCUAUACUGCUGCUUUAUUUACUUCCAGUCCGACAUCAUGUGGUUGAAUGAAUGUUACAGUGACAUCGUCAAGUUUUUAUGUUUUUAAAAUAGGAUUUGUUUAAUUAAAGUGCUGUGCCAAGGUACGUUAUGACUCAGGGGUCAGCACUGGUACCUCACAGCAUGACGGUCCUGGGCAAGACUCCCAAUCGGGCAGUAUAUCACUGCUGCACCCUGUCAAUCCACACAGAGUGUAACCUGCCUCUUGCCUGGUGUGGGACAUGCUCCAUUACCCUCUGCAAUCAGACUAGGACCAUGCAUGGAUGAAAUAAAUAUGUCUAUUAUUCACAAAAUAUGUCUCAGUGAAUGAUAAAUCGUCUACAUUCUGUCUGUAAUCUCAGUGUAUACAUGUAAAUCGACAGAGAAUAACUGUCCCAGGAAUGUGUAUUAAUAAACUAAUCUACCUAACA